CUCCUCAAGGCUCAAAUUGGGCUCACUCACACAAACUCCAGACCGGUAAUAUCCAUUGGCUAAAUAAUUAUGCCUUCUUCUCCUCUGCACAACCGGCAGCACCCAUUGAGUGUAUGUACUGUGGAGGUAGACCAGGCAGCAAAUCCUACCUGAUUAAUACCGGCAAACCGGCCCCCCCCCCCCUUUGGAUGCGCACAACUGCAUCAUGUCGCUUCCCACCGCCCGCCCUCGGCGUCUCGGUUCAUUUGUCUGGUAUCCCUGAGCCGGCGGACUAGGGAUGCCCGAGAUACCUUCGCUUCUUUGCUCCUUCAUGCCUCAUCCGCUUGCCUUGUUUUCGCUGAAGCGGCUCAACCAGCGAGCCAGCCAGGCCGUGGCACAUCCGUGCAAUGCCCACCUCGUCUCCAUCUCCAAAGACAAGGUACCUGUUCUCGAUGUUGGGCACGUUCGGUCGGCGACAGGAGACGAUGCCACAUUGGCGACACUUGCUGCGGCGACAUUUUUGUUGACGGCAGCAGCAUCUCCAGAACCGAAUGCUCCUUCGAGAUCGACCGAGAGACCAACAUCGCAUUGUUCUACGACAAGUCUAACAGCCAGACCUAUCUGGUUCCUAUUCGUCACGAUACUGUGGAUGCUGGAUGUCGGCGGGAUCCGCGGGCUUGGGUUUCCGGCCUACGAGGAUGUCAGGCGGACAGUCCUGUCGAUCCGCCGACAAUACCCCAGAGCUCUCACGGGCCCGUGCGCCGCGGAAAGAACCCCCGAGUCUGUCAAAUCCUGUUGGAAACUCUCUGACGCAGCCGGUCUCUGCACAAUCAGCACAGGCAGAUCAGGAGGCGAACGCUUUUCAGCUACCUGGCGCAUUUCCAGGGGGCUAGCAUUUCCCAGGAAGCUUGGGGCCACAUAAUAAAUACUCUAUGGAAGGCAACGGCGGGCUCUCUGGCAUCAUAUUGACUGAUUGUAUAAUUACCUUGGUUUCGUGGAGUUAAUUGGUUUUAGACAUCUCUUCCUUUUACCACUUUUCCUUUCAUACUUUGAACGUCUCCCCUCACCCUUUCUUUUCAUUGUCUCGUUUCUCUACAGUUCCAGUGGGACCGUCUUCUUUUUUUCAUGGUUGGAAAAGCAAAUGCGAGUUGGCCUUAAUUAGUGCGCCCAAUC